UUCUCUGUACUUUCUCCAGUUCCCCAAUGUUCUUCUUGUCUUAUGCAGGCCAUAGAUGGGUUCGAAAAUCGGCCGAUUUUUCGGCCGAAAAUAAAUCGGCCGAUUUUCAGGUCGUUAGUGGGCUAUUUGUUCGGCCGUUUUUCUGUAUUUUGGCCGUUUUUUUUUUUUCCGCUAAAGUUGGAAAAAAAUUGGCCGAUUUUUCCGAUUGGCCGAUUUUCGCGGCAAUAGUGGGCAAAUCGGCCGAUUUUUACCGAUAAAAAAUCUGCGCAUGAGCAGUGA